GGGCUAGUCCUCCAGCCACAGCGGAGUCUCUGCCGUUCACGCUGCGCGCGGCAGCUCCCGCGACUCCCGGCGGCUCCAGUAGCGGCGCCGUUUCCCUGCCCGCGCUUCUCCCGGAGGCACGGCGCGGGCACCUCCCGCCGCAGCGCGGUUCCCCCGCCGCUCGGGCUCCGGCCGUAGCACGGCUCAUGCCUCCGGGCGCGGAGCGCUCAGGUGGGCCGGCCGUGGCGGGGAGAUAGGCCCCCGGGGGCGGCGGCGGCUGGACCAUGGCCCGGAGACCCGGGGCGCCGGCCGCCUACGGGGAGGACUUCUCCUUCGUCAGUCCGCUGGUGAAAUACCUGCUCUUCUUCUUCAACAUGCUCUUCUGGAAAAAAAAAGUCAAGAUAACGGAAAGACUUUUCUCCAUUUUCUGUUUUCUCCCAUCUUCUCUCCAAGACAACAGCUGCUUAUCUGCCACCAAGUGCAAGCAGAAGGCAAAGGGAAGAGGACAAGUAGCAACAAACAUUAUGGAAAACUAGGAAACUAUUUAGAGUAUCGCCAUAUUAUUUUAUGAGAUGCAGAGACAUACGUCUAACAGCUGAAUCAUCUGUGAUUUCCAUGGUGAUGGUUGCCGUGGGAGUCUACGCUCGGCUGAUGAAGCACGCAGAAGCAGCGCUGGCCUGCCUGGCCGUGGACCCGGCCAUCCUGCUGAUCGUGGUGGGCAUCCUCAUGUUCCUGCUCACCUUCUGCGGCUGCAUCGGCUCUCUCCGGGAGAACAUCUGCCUCCUGCAGACGUUCUCCCUCUGUCUCACCAUCGUGUUCCUGCUACAGCUGGCAGCCGGGGUCCUGGGCUUCGUCUUCUCAGACAAGGCGCGGGGGAAGGUGAGUGAGAUCAUCAAUAACGCCAUUGUGCACUACCGAGAUGACUUGGACCUGCAGAACCUCAUUGAUUUUGGCCAGAAGAAGUUCGGCUGCUGUGGAGGGAUUUCCUACAAGGACUGGUCCCUGAACAUGUACUUCAACUGUUCGGAAGACAACCCCAGCCGUGAGCGCUGCUCUGUGCCUUACUCCUGUUGCUUGCCUACCCCCAACCAGGCAGUGAUCAACACCAUGUGUGGCCAAGGUAUGCAGGCCCUUGACUACUUGGAAGCUAGUAAAGUCAUCUACACCAAUGGCUGUAUUGACAGACUGGUCAACUGGAUACACAGCAACCUCUUCGUACUUGGUGGUGUGGCACUGGGCCUGGCCAUCCCCCAGCUGGUGGGAAUCCUGCUGUCCAUGAUCCUCGUGAGUCAGAUCAAAGAUCAAAUCAAACUACAGCUCUACAACCAGCAGCACCGGGCUGACCCAUGGUAUUGAGAAUCCAUCCUGCACCUCCUCAUUAGGGCAACAGGCGAGCCUCAACCAACGGCAGUGGUUACAGCUCUCGGCACCAAAUGGAGAUUUGGGUUCCAGCCCCACAAGCGACGGCCCAGUGGCAAGAAGCAAACUCCAGAUGCCAGAAGGCAGGGUACACAGGUGGCUCAAGUCUGGGAAGGAUGUGCCUCCUCUCCCCAUCCUAGCUCUCAGCAUUGUUAUUUUGUAUUCUUUCUACCCUCCACCAUUUGGGUUUCUGUUCUUGUUUUGUCUGAGCAGAGAUGCUUGAGCAGAGCAGUCGCACAGAGUUGUGGGGGCAACAGGCUUUCCACCGAAGCACUGCAACUGACAGACCUGCUGAGGCUGCCACUGAGCUUGCCGCACAUACUCGCAUUCUGGCUGUUGCCAGUGCGCCCUGCCUGGAGUCCGGUUGGCAUGAUACCAGCUCCAGAAGGGGAGGGAGUGGAGCAGGCAAUGAGCGUGGGGGUCGGCUGGGGACAGUCGUAUGUGCUGGGGAGGAGGGGAAGACCCUGUGUUUACUAACUGCCUGUGCUGCCAUCCUCCCAGGUAGUCAGAGUGAGCUACAUCCUGCCCCUCCCUCAUUUCCAUGGAAACGUGGCAGCAACUGCAAGGGGUACAACAAGCAGCCAAAUUCACCCCGUCUCCCCUCCUUUAAAAAAUGUCUGGAACCAUGGUCUCUAUCUUCUGCAGCCAGCAGAGGUGGGACUGAGCCAUACGUCCCCUUGAACUGCACCCCUGUAUGGCCCUCGCUCUCCAGUAAGUGCGUUUCUUUUUUUUAACCUUGGCAGUGUGCAGAGAAAGAGAGGUAACACCCCCCCGCCGCCCAUUCCUCUGCACCAGAGCUAGCUCAGUAUUUCUACAGUGUAAGCAGGGAUCUUGCUGGGGCUGGGGGAGCCAGAAAUGGCAAUAAAAGUUUGUUGACCUGGGCUAA